GAAAAAGACAGGGGAGUAUGGUGGAGGGGAUGGAGGUUUGAAAUUGUGAGGGAGAGGCAAACAAAAGCCCCGAGAGCGAGCGAGAGAGCGAAAUAAUUGUGUUUUUGGUUUUGGGUUUUCGUCCUGAUUCGGGAGCGGUUCAUAGUGCGUGUUUUUGCAGUAGGGGGGAGAAAUUAUCCUGUUCCUCCAGUGCUCGAUUUUGAUGCGUUCCUUUGACGAUUUCUUCUUCUGCUGCUGUUAGUGCGCCAACCCUUUGAUUCGGAGCAGGCUUUGCUUUGGUUUCGGCUCCUUUCGCCUUUUCUUUCGCCAGAGAUCGCAGCUUUCGUUGCCGCUCUGCCGAUUCCAAGCUUGGCCGUGUUCUCCCCCCCUUAAAAAUCGUGCAGAGUUUGGGUUUUAUCCGGUGCCUUGUGCGGCACCGCCGAAUUUGUUAUUGGCGUGUGAGAUCAUUGCUGAUUCGGGUCUGGGAGCGUGAGAUUUCGAGAGAUUUUUGGGGGAAUUUUGAGGUUUUCUAGUGUCUGGUUGUGGAAUUUGGGGUUUGGGCGGGUGUCGCUUUCGAGCCCUUGUUGAGUCAGGGGCUCAUACGCCUGGAGUUGGCGCUGAUUUGAUGAGAAAUGGAGAAAUUUCUGGUCUCCAUGGCAUUCUGCUGUAGGAUUUGGCGUAUUGCUGUGUGAGCCUUUGCGUGGGUCACUGGUUUGGUCCCGUGGCGUGUUGAUUUCUCGGCGGUGAUGCUCUCUGCAGCCGCCGUGAUGGCACCGGUCCCAGCCGUUCAGAAGAGCUCCCUUGAAGUCUUGCUCGAGACCAUAAAGAAGCGUGAUGAGCAACCCAAGGAUGUGCCGCCGGCAUUGCCAGCCCGGCCGACGUGCCGUGGUCGGUUGCCCACUGCAAGACGGUCGCCAACACCUCCUAGGGUUCAUCUUGAGAACUGCAUGGCAGAAGGCGUUGUGACGGAUACCGUGAUGGCUGACAAGAAGCCGGAGGUUCAAAAGGUGAAUAAUCCAGAGAUUGAGAAGGAGAAGAAGCCAGAGGUUAACAAGGAGAUUGGUGGGCAGGAGGCUAAGGAAGGGAAGACUGUAAAAAGUCACAUAUUCAGGGUUAAGAGGAAGCUAUGUAAUGUGGAACCACUGGAUGAGUCGCCAUAUGUUGAGGACUUCCAUGAGGAGAGGAAGGAUACAAUUGCCUGCAAGGAGCCUCCAUCUUCCUCUAUUUCAUCAGCAAGGGCAAAGAGAAAUGGGAAGCCCAUGGACUAUGUCCUCCAGAAGAAGCUACGGGUUUGGUGCUCUUCAUCGGAUGAGAAGUGGGAACUCGGACAGGUCCAAUCAAUUUCUGGAGAUGACGUUGAAAUACUCCUGGCUAAUGGAGAAAUUUUGACGCUGUCACCAGAGAGACUUUUGCCUGCCAACCCUGAUAUUCUAAAUGGAGUGGAUGAUUUGAUCCAGAUGAGCUACUUAAAUGCACCUUCCGUCCUUUACAAUCUGCAAUUCCGAUACUCUCAUGAUCUUAUCUAUACCAAAGCAGGACCUGUUCUGAUUGCUGUCAACCCCCUAAAAGAAGUUCCACUCUACGGGAAAGAUUUCAUCAGGCAAUACAGGCAGAAGCUCAAGAAUGAUCCACAUGUGUAUGCAAUUGCUGAUUUGGCUUUUAAUGAAAUGCUGAGGGAUGGCACAAACCAAUCUAUAAUAAUAAGUGGUGAAAGUGGAGCAGGAAAAACCGAAACAGCUAAAAUUGCCAUGCAAUAUUUGGCUGCUCUAGGGGGUGCUAACGGAAUGGAGUCUGAGGUUCUACAGACCAAUGUUAUUCUGGAAGCAUUAGGGAAUGCGAAAACGUCAAGAAAUGAUAACUCGAGCCGAUUCGGAAAGCUCACUGAAAUGCACUUUUCUGAAACUGGGAAGAUUUGUGGUGCUAAAAUCCAAACAUUUCUGCUUGAGAAGUCGAGGGUGGUUCGAAGGGCAUCAGGAGAGAGGUCAUAUCAUAUUUUCUAUCAACUGUGCUCUGGAGCUUCACCUCUUCACAGAAAAAAAUUAUUUCUGAGGGACGCCGAUUAUUACAAUUACUUGAAGCAGAGUGCAUGUUUGAGAAUUGAUGGCGUUGAUGAUGCUAAAAAGUUUUCAUCGCUACUGCAGGAUGCCUUGGACAUUAUUCAUAUAUCUGGGGAAAACCAAAUGGAAUUAUUUUCUAUGCUCGCAGUUGUCUUGUGGCUGGGAAACAUUUCAUUCUCUGUGAUAGAUAAUGAAAACCAUGUGGAAGUUGAUUCAAACGAAGGGUUGUCUACCGCAGCAAAGCUGUUAGGCUGCAGUGUUCCUCAAUUGGUGAUUGCUCUCUCAACUCGUAAAAUCCAAGCUGGAAAGGAAAAUAUUGUUCAAAGGCUGACAUUGACCCAGGCCAUUGAUGCAAGGGAUGCUCUAGCGAAGUCAAUUUAUGCCCAUUUGUUUGACUGGAUUGUUGAGCAAAUUAACCACUCACUUGGAAUGGGAAGACAACGGACACGAAGAUCCAUAAGUAUUUUAGAUAUUUAUGGUUUCGAAUCUUUCAAUAAAAAUGGCUUCGAGCAAUUCUGUAUAAAUUAUGCCAAUGAAAGGCUGCAACAACAUUUUAACCGACAUCUUUUCAAACUAGAACAGGAGGAGUACUUAGAUGACGGAAUUGACUGGGCCAGUGUGGAAUUUGUGGACAACACUGACUGUUUAUCUCUCUUUGAGAAGAAACCUCUAGGGCUAUUGUCUUUACUGGAUGAAGAGUCUACGUUCCCAAAGGCAACAGAUAUUUCCUUUGCUAGCAAGCUUAAGCAGCACUUGAGUGGAAACUCUGUCUUUAAGGGCGAACAGGAAGGCACUUUCAAAAUUUGUCAUUAUGCUGGAGAGGUUACAUAUGAUACAACUGGAUUCUUGGAGAAGAAUAGAGAUCCAUUGCACUCCGAGUCAAUUCAACUACUCUCUUCGUGCAAAAGUGAUCUUCCGAAAGAUUUUGCCUCUGUCAUGAUUGCUGAUUCUCAGAGUAAAUCAAGUUUGUCACGCCACUUGGUAGUUGAUUCACAAAAACAAAGUGUGGUGACCAAAUUUAAGGCUCAAUUAUUCAAGCUAAUGCAGCAGUUGGAGAAUACAACUCCUCAUUUUAUUCGAUGCAUCCAGCCUAAUAACAAACAACGCCCCAGGCAAUUCGAGCAUGAUCUUGUCUUGCACCAGCUUAAGUGCUGUGGGGUGCUCGAAGUUGUGCGAAUAUCAAGAGCAGGCUAUCCAACUAGGAUGACUCACCAACAGUUUGCUGAAAGAUAUGGGUUUCUUGUCUCCCAUUUUGGCGCAUCUCAGAAUCCACUUAGUAUUUCAGUUGCUGUAUUACAGCAAUUCAGUAUCCCUCCAGAAAUGUAUCAAGUUGGCUACACAAAAUUGUUUCUUCGUACAGGACAGGUUGCUGCACUGGAAAAAGCUAAAAGCCGAAUGCUCCAUGGAGCCCUUCGGAUUCAGAAAAACUUCCGUGGGAUGCAUACUCGUCAAGAAUAUCACAGACUGAAGAAAGGAGCAACGACUUUGCAGUCAUUUGUAAGAGGUGAAAAAACAAGAUUUCAGUUUGAUUAUCUUUUCAAGAGAUGGAGGGCAGCUGUUGUCAUACAGAAGUACAGUCGGCGUCGACUUGCAGCUACCAUGUUUACUGAACAACUCAAAGAUAUUGUUCUUCUACAGUCUGUGAUGCGUGGGUGCCUGGCCAGGAGGAGAUUUAAGUGUCUACAGGAAGAAAGGGAAUCAAGAGUCAUUCAGAACAAAGUGAAACGGGAUGCCCGGAAGAGUAUUUCACAAGAGAGGAUAUGCCAUGAAACAAAUGGAGAGUAUGCACCCCAACCAGUUGUCACAGAACUCCAGGGGCGUGUUUUGAAAGCUGAGGCUUUAUUGCAAGACAAAGAGGAAGAAAAUGCAAUGCUGAAGCAACAACUGGAACAGUAUGAGAACAAAUGGUCAGAAUAUGAGGCCAAAAUGAAAUCUAUGGAAGAGGCAUGGAAGAAACAGCUCUCUUCUCUGCAGCUGAGUCUUGUGGCUGCUAAGAAGAGCCUAACAUCUGAUGACAUGGCCACCCGAGCAGCUCGGACUGAUACCAUUCCAACGCAUGCCCAGUACGACUCUGAAGAUACAAUGUCCACAGGGACCCAUACCCCUGAAGCGGCAGAGUUGAAAUACCAAAACCACAACCCUGAAGCUAGAGUGGCGACAGGAAACUCAGAUAGGCGGAUAAAUGUUGUGAAUCACCUAGCAAAGGAGUUUGAGGAUAGGCGGCAGGUGUUUGAUGACGAUGCUGGCUUCCUUGUUGCCGUUAAGUCUGGACAGAUUGGUUCAAACAUGAACCCGGAUGACGAACUCAGGAAGCUGAAGGACCGCUUCGCUACAUGGAAGAAGGAUUACAAAUCUCGGUUGAAGGAGACCAAGGUAAACCUUCAGAAGGUCGGUGGCCAUGACGAGAAAUCCCGGAAAAGAUGGUGGGGGAAGAAGAGCUCUAAGUAAAUUUGGAAGCUAUAAGCUCAGAUCAUUUCUUUACAUUUCCGCCCCCAUUGCAUCGAAGGAAAAAAAAUCCAGAAAUGGCAGGAGAGAAGAAUAUUUCAUGGUUCUUGCUCUCUUUAUCGCAAGGCCAAUGAGAUAGCGAUGACGACGAGCUCCAUCGUCAAUACCUGCGCUCUGAGUCAUGCGGAUUCUUGAGAUUCUCAAAGGGAAUACAAAGGCGCUGCAAGUGAUCUGUAAAUGUAUAUUAGUUCUGAGUUGUCAGUGUAAGUAUGUCAUCAUGUAUUUAGAGCGAUGAACCUGAAAUAUGGAAGGGUAACUAAAUACAGAUUAUCCGCCAUGAGCGAAUAGAGAUGCAACAGUAGGAGUGUAAUAUGUGUACAGCAAGAAAUCAUUAGAAUGUGCAAGGCAUUUGAUUCCAUUCUUGUC